GUUAAAGCUCCACCAAACUGAAACACAGCUGGACAAAUUCUGAUGACAUGUCAAUUAUUUUGCCAUGUGGAUGCCAUGUGGACAUGAAUUCUUAACCCCACAAAUAAUUGGAACCCACUGGUGGGCUUUUGGUCUUUUUGACCAAGGUUUCCCAUCUGGAAAAUUUCUUGAACCCGAAAUCAAAUCUGGAAAAUUUCUCAUCUGGAAAAUUUUUGAUCUUGGAAAAUUUUACCUCCUUGCAAUUUCCUACCAAUCUUCUGUAAGAGUCGAAGAGAUUGAAGACAGAGAUGGAGACGGUUUGGCAGUGGGUGAAAUAGUCGUCAUUUCCAACGGAGGCGGGGAGGAGAAGGCCGAGGCAGAGGUGAAGGCAAAGCUCAAUGGCCGAAGCAGGGGCAUAGGUGGAGGUGCAGGUGAGGCGGAGCAAAACAUUCUUGAAGUCCUCGAUUUUUGGCUUGAAACCAAGAUGAAGUCUAGGGCUUCAUCUUCAGCAUCUACCCCUUCUCUUCGAGCUUCUGUGGAUCGAUCUGGUGCUAGACAAGUUUGUGAUCAUGGAUUAGCAGCAUGGCUUCACGUUAGCACGAGUGAGUUAAACCCAAGAAGAAGGUACUACAAAUGCCCAUUUUGGCAGCCAGGUGGUGGUGGAGCAAGAGCCUACAUUUUUUUUGAAUGGGUUGAUGCUGAAUUAUCGAGUUGGUACAAGGAUGUAUUUAACAGGCUUAACAAUGAAAACUUGGCUUUGGAGAAUGAGAACAAGAUGUUAAGAGCAGAAUUGGUUAGUGCAGAGAGUAAUGGAGGUGUUGAAAUGGAAGCAAUGGUGUCUAAAAGAGAAAAAGAUGAAAAGUGUAUCUAUGGAAUGGACAGCAAAGAAGGAAUGCCAGAAAAAAUAAAAGAGAAUGGAAGGCUAGAUUCAUUCAGUUUGAAUUUUUAUAGGACUGCUUUUUUUUGUUGUGUUGUUUUCAUUGCUUGUUUGGUUUUGUUGAAGUGAGGUGCGAUAACAGCCAAUUUAUGUUGUCUGUUUUGCUCAGUAAGAUGCCCAAAUGGCCAUUUUGUGUAGUGCAAUAGGAAGUGGUCAUUUUGCUUCUGGUUUGUCAAUGUAAGAUGACCAAAUGGCCAUCCCACCUGUAAUCACAGUUUCUGGAAAUAGACAUCCGAUUUCCUA